AUGUCCGAAUCAAAGCUCUCAUCUACAAACGAAGAAUACCAUAUCUCUCCACACCCAAACCAUGACUUUAUCGCCUCUUCUCAAGGUAUCUGCAGAGUCCUCACAUCUGACACCCAUGUCCAAUUAGGAGGAAUGACCUUCCAUAAGGAUGAAUUCAUGAGAGCAUUUGAAGGUUACCUCAACCCAGGUUUUUCAAAAGCUCCAACUCACAAGUUUGGUAACCCAGUCCCCAUGGGUGUUGCAUCCUUCUGUAUCCCAGUCUUUAUCAUGUCUCUUGUCAACCUUAAUGCCCGUGGCGUCUCUAACGGUCAAGGAAUGUUUGGUAUCGCUCUCUUUUAUGCUGGUCUUAUUGAGUUGGUUGCUGGCAUGUGGUGUAUUGCUUUGGAAAAUGCUUGGGCUGGAACCCUUCUUUCUUCCUUUGCUGGCUUUUGGUUUUCUUACUCUAUGAUUAUCGUCGAUGUCUUUGGAAUUUCCUCUUCUUAUUCUUCUACAGGUGAACUUAGUAACUUUGUUGGCUUUCUUCUCUUGGCAUUUUCAAUUUUCUCUACAAUCAUGUGGAUUCUUACCUUCAGAUCAACUUGGGUUCUUUGCACUAUGAUGUUCUUUGUUGCCCUCACACAUACUACCCUCUGUGCAUCAAAGCUUGCUUACUCUGCAAGCGUUGUUGCUGCUGACCAUCUCACCAAAGCUGCUGGUGUUUUUGGUAUCAUCACAUCUUGCUUUGGAUUUUACAUCAUUUAUGAAGGUCUGGCUACUAAUGAAAACGCUCUUUUCGUUCCUCCUGUUCUUCUCAUGCCUUCAACUGUCACUGGACGUGAAAAGGUUGUUGAUGAUGAACACCCUUAA